GCAGCUAGGAGAACUCUAGAUUUUAUCGUGGAUACAGUGUCAGCACAGCACUCUCUGGGGCCAAUACUAGAAUUACUCAAAGUAAAUGGAACAUUAGCAGUCGUGAGCGCACCAGACAAGCCGAUUGAUCUGCCAGCUUUUCCUCUGAUAUUUG